GACGAAUACAUUAUACUUAUGCAUUUAAAAUUUAUUGUCCUCAGGUUUAAAGUAUCUCCACUCAGCGCGCAUUUUACAUCGGGACAUCAAACCUGGUAACCUGCUAGUGAACAGCAACUGUGUUCUUAAGAUAUGCGACUUUGGGCUUGCGCGGGUGGAAGAGCCAGACGCCAGCAAGAACAUGACACAAGAAGUGGUAACGCAGUAUUACAGAGCGCCAGAGAUCCUCAUGGGCGCGAACCAUUACACAGCGGCUGUGGACGUGUGGUCAGUGGGUUGCAUCUUCGGCGAGUUGCUCGGGCGACGCAUUCUUUUCCAAGCACAAAGUCCUGUGCAGCAGCUGGAGUUGAUAACGGAGUUACUCGGUACGCCGUCACUGGAGGACAUGCGGCACGCGUGCGCCGGCGCCCGCGCUCACAUGAUGCGGCGCGCGCCACGCCCGCCCGCGCUCGCCGCGCUCUACACGCUGUCCGUGCAGGCCACGCACGAGGCCGUGCAUCUACUGGCGCAGAUGCUAGUGUUCGACCCUUCGAAACGCAUCUCCGUAGUUGACGCGCUCGCCCACCCCUAUUUAGAGGAGGGCCGGCUCCGCUACCACUCGUGCAUGUGCAAGUGUUGCUACAGCGCUCCGCCUGCCGCCCGCCACUACUCGCCCGACCUGGAGCCCCAGGCGCCUCACCCCUUCCACGACGCUUGGGAGAGGAAGCUGUCCUCCGUGCACCAGGUCAAAGAGGAAAUCCACAAGUUCAUAGCGGAACAACUCCAGACAUCGCGAGUGCCUUUGUGCAUCAAUCCGCAAUCGGCCGCGUUCAAGAGCUUCGCAAGCUCCACCGUGGCGCACCCCUCCGAGCUGCCGCCCUCGCCGCACCAGUGGGAAUGACGCGCGACCCCGCCCCACAGACCCCGCCCCGCGCGCUAGGAUACCCCGCGUCACACCUCUAGGAUACACCACGUCACACUGUCACCGGUCACACAGCGACGGCGGCACUAACCGCGCCCAGUCGACACCGCCCCGCCCACUAGGAUACACCUCGUCACUGUUCAACAAACUAGGAUACUCUUAACCAUCCAGCGCGCUAGGAUAUACUACGCCACACCGCCUAGCGCGCAAGGAUACUCUACGCCACUCAGCCUAGACCGCUAGAAUACACUACAAUAAGCAGCCCCGUCCGCUAGACCACACUACGUCACACAACGCUACAUACUCUAAACCACACGCCACCCAUCGACGAAAGCCACGCAGACGCUUCAUGACGGUAUCAAGCCAACAUUGAAAAUUAUUGUGUACGCGGUGGAUAUUAAAGAAAUUACCUUACACUGACUACACUUAUAGAUUUUAUCAGCAAUAUCGAGCAUAACGUCGCUUAAAACAAGCGUGACGCUAUAGAAAACAAAACGGGCGAAUUGAUUGCGAUUUUCAAUUCCAUUGAUUAAGAAAUUAUACACGAUUAAAACUUGGAUGUAGUUCAAACCUAAGCAUCAUGUGGUCAGUUUCUUAACUUAAUCGCGUUUUACGUAAUGUUCAUUGAUAAUUUAUUUGAAAAGUUAUUGUAUUGUACUAAGAUUUACAUUAGAUGGCGCGUCUGGAAUGCCAUAAGAUUUACGCAAACAUGAUUUUUACAAAUUCGCUCUUUCCUUGUGUUUUAAGGGCGUAGAUGCAAACUUAAUCCAAUGUUCUGCUUUCAUCUUAGGUUAAAUUUAGAUCUUUGCAUUUAACAUUUUAAUACUUUAGUAAGUUCAGUAAAGCCUGUUUAGUAAAUAAAUACACUGUUAUUAAAAAAAAACAGACUGAUUACUGUUUUUGUAUCUACGCCUUACAAUAUUUUCAGAAAUAAAUAUAGAGAUAUGGUGGCUCUUAUUUGUUUGUGUGAUAUAAAUUAUCUGUAAAUGUAUAAAGUUCAUGAUGUGUGGUCAUUUUAUUAAGCGGAUAUGCUGUUCUUUUAUUAAACAAACAGUAUAAUGGACGUAUUAAAAAAAAUUAACAGAAAAAAUAUUUUAAUUAUCCUAUUCAAACAAUCUAAAAAUAUAAUUGUUAAAUUUAUAUAAUUCUGUUCUAUUUCAUCUAAUUCAAAUCAUUGUUGAAAAAUGUGAAAUAUGCUUUUUUAAUUGAAUUGACAAAUUUGGCGUUAGUGUAUCAAACAUACAUACUACAUGUAAGUAUUUUUAUAAUAGAUCAAAUCAAAAGCAGACUAUUCAAAGUAAUAUGGUUAAAAUAAUUUCGAUGUUAACAUAUUGCUCACUGCUUUACAAACGGGUGUCUUGUAAAAUCUCAUUAAAAUGUAUACUUGUGUGCAUUUAUAUUAAUGUCAAUACACGGUUAUCUUUAUUUUGCCGCAUAAUAGUGGCUAGAAAAACCUUGGAGCUGCCCAAGGAACCUUAGGCUAAUUUAAAUUUCAACUGACGUGAAGGAACGACGUAAUGCGAUUACAAUCGCGCGUCGAGUCAGUAACUCAACCAAAUAUUUUGUAUUCGUUUCUGAUGUUUACUUAUAGUGUAGUGAGUAGCGACUGUGUCAGUCAGUAGCUUAGUAUAGUUUGUUCGCAUCCUUGGAUUGUAAACGGCGACGAUGUAAGGAAAUGUUUUACGUUGCGGCGCACAAGUCGCGCAAUUGUACAACGAAAACAGUCGCUGACGAGAAAUGAUAAAAGGCGUCUUGUACGAUGCCCGAAAGGAAUGACUCGCUCGCUCCCUCUAACCCUCUGUGCCAUUUUUUAAACUAUUUAACCGCACGGUCAAAAUGGCGGCUAUUAGGAUGACAAUUCAAUAGCUCUGUCAAUAAUGUUUCAGUAAUGGAACAGAGGGCGAGUGGAGUCGGCACACUUAUAAGUAAAAAAAUACGCGUAGUUAAUUUAGGUUUAUGUUCAUUUAUAUUUGCGAUUCCAUGUAAUUGUAACGUAGUCUUCAGUGUGUGCCUGAUUGUGUCUGUAUGAACAUUGCAAGCAAUAAGAGUUGCAAUAUAAUUAAUGAAUAUAAUAUGAUAGGGUCGAUUUUUAUUUACAUGACGAAUUUUUGUUGUUCACUGUUUGUGUUCUUGUGUCGUAAGUAGGGUUGCCAACUUUUUUUCUAUCGAAUAUAGUAUUUUCGAAGCUGUUACCUCUAAAAAUAUAGUAGAUGGCAAAAAGAUGGAAAAAAUAUAGUAUUUGGUUAAAAUAUCUCCUUUAUUUUUAAAAUGAAUAUAUUUUUGCUCUUCCAUGCCUUAAUAAUUAUUUUUUUUAUUUCUAAGAAUGCUUUUACUGGCAAAAAUCUGUUUUAAGCUAAAUAUAUAUAUUAGAAAUAUAGUUUUUGAUUUCCUCUUAUAUUAGGACAUUAUAUUAUAUAGUAGGGUUGGCAACCCUAGUCUAAGUAAGGGCGCGUGCAGACGCUCGUUCAGUACUUAACGAUUGCAGUUGUGUGCGAACACGCGAAUCUCUCGGCGGCCGUCUGCGCGCGGCCUAACAUCUCUGUAACAUACUUAUUGUAAGCUUACUUCUAAACACCAUUGUAUGUAACAUCGACUGAACAUUUUUACAUAGUUAGGUUAGAUAGUUUUAGUAUUAAUGACUUACUAAUUUACUCGGCAAUGAUUAUAAAAGUAUAAUUAAACCUAUAUAAUAUAGAUAUUGUGUACGAGUAAUUUUCACAUACUAUCAAUCAUCGCAGUAGUGAGACAAUUGUAUAGCGACAUGUUGUAAAUGUAAUGGAUGAACAUGCGUAUUUCGUGCAUUUAAUAGUUUAGUUGUUUCGUGUAAGUGGACUUGGGAUGUGUUAGUGUGCGUGAGUACUUUCUAUUGGCUACUAAUUAUUAGAUGACAAAAUUAUAUUAUUGUAACUGUAAUAAUAUGUUCCAAAAUUGAUGUUUUACUUUUAUGUUUAUGUAGGUGUCAAAUGUAUAUUGAUACAUCACAAUAAUCACGCUGCUAACAUUGAUAACUAGAAUAGAAAGACUAUGUGUGAGUGUCAAGAGACGUCGUAGCCUUAAAACUAGUUCAAAACUAUAUAAAUGAUAAAAAAGUUAAAAAAAUGUAAAUAAAUAAAGAAUAGUAUUAUUGUUAGGCCCUAGUAAGGUACGGAUUGUAUGCCGUUGUAGGAAACCCACACAAAGUAGGUUGAACUCCUGUCUCUACUGUUGCAUACCGAACUUAACCAUAGCGAAUAAUACUUCACAUACAAAAUUUUGUCUGUGCUUUCUCCUUUGAAUAGUAAAAUUUAUAAGUAUGUACAUUGUAUAUUGGCACAGAUAUGAUAGUUAUGUAUUAUCUUAUUUCAGACAUAAAAUAGAUUUUUAACUACAUUCUAACAUCACAUAAGUUCUGGUUUGCAACAGUGUGGUUUGGAGGGUUUCGAUGGUACAAAGGAGGCGUGACCGAUGGCGCAUACAUAGACAAUUUCUCGAUUUUAAUCUAAAUUCACCUUUUUUUUGGUUGUGCUUCGUUUCAAAGUUGGAACUACAUGUUUUCAUGUCCCAUAAGUUAAAUUAGUCAAAUGAUAUUAAUAUGCUAACAUAUAAGAACCAAAACCGCGUUGAUGAAUACUUACAUUUCUAAAAUAUUCUCAGUUCAUAUCACACUUUUUAUAGUUCAUUUUGACGACCUCCGUGGCCGAGUGGUUUGUACGCCGGGUUUCAUGGUGUCGCCGACUCGAGAGGUCCUGGGUUCGAAUCCCGCUGGGGGCAGAUGUUUGUGUUCCAUUUGCAUUAGUACUCCAGUCAUGGAUGUUUAAUAUGUAUUUCAUUAUAAAUAUACUUAUAUAUGUGCAGUAUAUGUAUUCUAUCGGUUACCCUAGUAUCCCACAACACAAGCCUUACAGUGCUUACUUUGGGGCUAGGGUAACUGGUGUGAGUGUUGGAAAUAUUUAUUUAUUUAUAUUUAUUUUUAUAGUAUGUACCAAUUAGUACGCUUUAGGAUUGUAAAUAAAGAUUAUAUUGUUUUAUACACGCGUCGUCGGUCCGCGACAGACCCCACCUUGCCUUAUCUCAGAUAACUGUUACUGUGAUCCGCUAAGUGUAAUUAUUGGACUCUGCUACACAAAUGACAGCGUGGGCUGCAAUCAGAUCGGUAUCUUCGAAUGAGGCCUUAAAUGGUUAACAUUAAAACUGCCCCAAUACCUCAUUGACAUGACACCAAUUUUAAAUAAGAAAACCUUUUUUUAAUUCAAAUUUUGGCAUUCAUCGUAGCGCAAAUGCUAAAUGUUUUCUAUAACUGUAUGCCCUUAAAUUGAGCCUUAUGUCUCAUGCAAUAAAGUUCAUAAUACAGAAUGUGCCGAUCCGUUUGCGUCUACCAGCUGUGACUUAACAGUUCGGCCGGCCCCGUGGCCUGUACAUAUAGAAGAGUUAGGUAUUGCAUACGUUUAUUUAGAGACGCUUGCGGCAUCGCUUACUGAGUCAUCACUCCACACGUCCUCGAUACUCUUACUCGAUGUUUGUAAAUAGGGAUGUUAGUAGAAAGUAUUCGAUUUAAUGUAAUCAAGGGCGAGGCCGGAUGUCCCUUCGUGUUAAUGGCACGUUCAAAUAUUAGACGAGGUACGCUUUUGCACCAUAAAACAAUAAUACCGUUUUGAUUAAAUUCUGUGAUAAAUAAAAUAGGAUUACCCGCUACUGUUCUAUAUUUCAAUGUGAUAAAACUUUUUUAUGAAUAGAUUGACGCGUUACAAGAUUAUGGCGUAGUUUCCGUAAGACAAUUUAUGGAUUAUACAUAGUUGACGGUGCCGCAAUAAACUCAACGCUUGCUUUAUUUAGGAGAAAGAUGCAAACUGUCUGUGUAUGCAAAAAUAGCUUUUAGGUGCAUUCCAUUAAAAUUUAAUUUACUUUUAGUUCGCUCCGUCGUUAUUCGCACUUCAUUUGGCUAUUCGUGUUUGCUAUUUGUAGAUUUGACAACAGUCUGUCCUUAUCAUGCUUUUUAUAGAAUGAAAAAGACAAUCUGAUGUCAAAUUCACGAAACACGAAUAGCUAAAGGAAGUACCGGCAUAACGAAGUAUAAAAUUGGAGUUAGUUUUUGUAAUAACUAGUAGCAUCUUUUAUAAUGGUAAUAAAUAUAAUGCUACAGAAGUACGUUUGAAAGUAUAAGCAAAAGUGCAACUAUUAUAAACCUUAUUACUAACUAGAGUUAGUAUACACCCUGGAAAAAAUCCUGAGCAUCGACUAUAGACAAGGAAGCUUGCUCAGUAGCACUUUUAUACACAAAAACGUCAACAGUGCGACAAGGAUGUUUAUGAAUGUGAGCGACAGUUCAGGGGGGUGCCACUGGCUACGUAAAUGACAUACAAAAUAUGACGUUUACAAAGACGGCGGCGUUAGUUCCAAUUUUCGCCACAUUGAUAAAGAUCCUUGUGAGACUAUACUGCGCAAGUGUGUCUGUGGUUUUGCUCAAGAAGUUUGAAGGUACUUAAAUAAGCAAGUGUUGGGUUUACAGUACCCUUAGCACGAACCAAUAUUGAAUUCGAAUAGUUUGCGAGCUAGUAAUGUCAAUGUCAAAUUUUGUGUGGAAUCUUGAACAGCAGCGUCGAUAUGCUGCACAACGUCAACAAAACCUAACAGGCUCAGAAUAUACCUUGUCUCCUUUAACCCAGACAUUGGCAGAAUCGUCACGUAAUUAGGCGCAGCCAUAAUCAUCAAAAAUUUAAUUGAAUUGAACGGCAGCGCCACAACGGACGUUACGAGAACUAAAAAUCAGUACAGGCAGUCCUCAACUUACCUAGUUUCAAUUAACGUCCUUUCAAGUUACCUCGAACAAUGUUUUGACACUAUUCUUCAAACAUACGCCAAUUGUCUCGAUUUCCGGCAUAGAAGAAUUCACUUGUCGCGAGGUCAAUGUCCCUGGGGCCGGCGUCCGUGGGGAUGGCUCGACUUACGUCGUUUCGAUUUACGUCGCGUAUUUCGAGAACCUAACAUGCCGUAAGUACGAGGACUGCCUGUACACAUUUGACGUAUUACGAUCUAGAUCGAAUUCGACUAUUGGAAUUCGAUAUUGGUUCGUGCUAAAGGUACUGCGGCACCGUGUCACCCGCCGGCCGCGCCCUGCGGAGGACGCCCGUUCGCACGCACUCAGUAUUCUUGUCCCUCACGAGCACGCUUCUUAUUUUAUGUAACUGUACGUAUUGCGUUUCCAGACUUUCAGAGAUCUCGUAUAAUUUAAGUUUUAAGUACACGACUGUUCAUUUUACACACAAGUGAUCUUUAGUUGUUAGUACGACACGAUUGUAUUUCGUUCAACUGUACGGCCAGUCAGCCAAGGCUUUCCUUUAUUCCUAAGUUUGUCGCGCGAAUGCUUACAGAAGGGAGGAGCUCGUAAUGUCAUUCGUCACCUAUUAUAUCUCAAUUGUAAAUACUUUAGCGUAAGACUUAGUUUUCGUGUAAACUGUUUAGUCCUUUUUCACUUAGUUUGAGUUCAUUGAUCAAUCCCAAUUUUAAUUUUGUAUUAUACUUAUUUUAAAAUGAUAUAACAAUAUAACAAAAAAAAGUAAAAAAAAAAAUACAAAAAACGAGAAAAUAAUUGUAAUUCAUGUAAUAAAUACUACGGUGAUUUUUAUUUUAACACUUAUUACCAUUUGUAUUGUAUAUAGUAGACAUUUCGUGCACUGAUAGUCGACUUAAGUUACUCUUAAAUUUAGAUUUUAAAAUGACAUGGCUGUAUUCUCCUUAUGCAAUGGCCCAAGACACAGCGUUGAUAAGACUUAUAUGGCAAUGACCUUUAGAGACGUUUUCUGUGUAGCUGGGUUUAGUUUAAUUUCAGUCACAUUGGUUUCCUAGGUUUGAUUAUUUCGAGGACAAAUGCGGCGAACCGUAAACAUAAAUGUAAUAUUGUAAAUAUAAAUGAUACGUGUUUCUGUCGUGUACCCACGGAGUUAGUUGCAUUUUACCAUUGUUGCCAACUGCCAAAAGUAUUGUAAUGGUUUUUUUGUAGCGUUAUGCGCAAUGCGACCACAUUAACAGGAGAAGGCGCAUCGAUAACUUUAACACCGAUUUUAAUUCUCCGAUUCGGUAUAUAAGCCUACAAUCUAUAAAAAAUAUAAUUGGUAAUUAUUGUGAUAAUUUUUACACACUUUUGUACCCUGAUGAUAUAAAUAUUAUGUUGGUGUAGUUUCAUAGACAUGCGAAUGAAAUGUAGAUUUGUUAGCUUUGUCAAUGUCAGCUGCGUCUGGUAAUGUGGUCGUAUGCGCGUAGGACGCGUUGAAACGGCGUAGCUGCUGUGAGACCGCGACACUGUAACAAUAAAAUACUGCAUAAUU